AUGUACAGAGGGAGAGGCGCUGCUGCACUGCAGCAGUUCAGGAGCGCUGCUGCAGCAGCAACAGCGACGAGCCUUGCUGCAGCAGCAACAGCAGCAAACAGUGCUGCAGCACCCCGCAGCCACGGCGGCUGUCAGGCACUUUGCCUUUCCUCUCCCCGCAAAAAUAGAACAGACACCACCCCGCUGCUGCAGCAACUGCUGCGGCAGCAGCAGCACCUGCUGCAGCAGCAGCAGCACCUGCUGCAGCAGCAACAGCAACUGCUGCAGCAGCAGCAGCACCCGCUGCAGCAGCAGCAGCACCUGCUGCAGCAGCAGCAGCACCUGCUGCAGCAGCAGCAGCACCUGCUGCAGCAGCAGCAGCAACUGCAGCAGCAGCAGCAACUGCUGCUGCAGCUACUUGGUGUAGUCUCCUGCCUUGUAGGCAGCUGGGUCGUAGAAGUGGACCUGGAUUUGGCGCCCCCCAAACCAGCGGCCGUGCAGCUGCGGCGCUGCAGCAGCAGCAGCAGCAGCAGCAGCAAAAGCAAUAAAGAUUCGAACUUCUCCUUGAAUGAUUUCAACCCGCACUUCGUCGACUUCGCCAAAUCGGCGACACUCUUCUCUCAUCUGCGCAGCAAAACGAAAACAAAUAAAUAA